AUGUCAACCGUUAACAUGGUCAAGUAUUAUUUCUACAAGGGAAAAAUGCCGAAGAAUCCAAAAGAUUUGCAGGACAUGGUGGCUCUGGCAUAUCAAACUGCCAGGGACAUGAAACUUUAUCCGCGGGCAAUAUUGAUCCGGUCCAAACAUCACAAAACUACCACGGUCAACGGAAAAACUGGAGAGGAUCCGAAAGGCUGGCAUUUAACAUUUUGUUAUAAGGACGAUAAUCAACUCACGAACAGAACACAUACCGCAUGCCAUGGAUACACGAAAGACGAGUCUUCCUGGGAGCUUCUUGAAUCCACCCACGCCGGCGACAAACCAGAUUCGGUGAAGCGCAGAUACUCGAAGAGCGCCAGUGUCUGGCCAGGACUUGAAGAAUUGGAUGAAGCUCCAGAGAUCGGGUAUGGCCACUUUCUGUAA